GCCAUCGCUGUGGGGCGCGACCCCGCCGCGCGCGGCAAAACGACUGCCGCUCCCGUUACCGGGGCAACCGCGGCGCCUCCUCCGCGCCGGCCCCGAUAGUCUCUCCGCGCCAUUUUCAAACUGUCCUGGAGACGGAACCGGUGUCUGGGGCGGAAGGAGCCAGCAAGGGAGGCGAGGCGCGAGGGAGAAUGCGACCGCAGGCGGAGGGAGCAGCGGCCGGGGCUGCGGGAUUUUAAUUUUUGGAAAUGAAUAAAACUAGUUUGGAAGACAAGAUGACUACAGCUGCAGAAAGAAAAUAUAUUAAUAUUAGGAAAAGAUUGGAUCAGUUGGGAUACCGCCAGACUCUGACAGUGGAGUGUUUACCUUUGGUAGAAAAACUUUUCAGAUUCUACUCUGCUGUCAUCGAUUCAGGGCCUCCACAUUGCAAAACUCUAGGGUCACCAUUCACACUAUACUAUUCAUAGUGAAUGUUUCUGCAGGUUUUGUCUUGAUCUAGUUCAUACAACAGAAAGUCUUCGGAAAUCAAAAUUAUCUGCUGUGAAAGCUGAAAAAGAAAGUGCCAAUUUUGAUUUUGUAUUGGAACCUUAUAAACUUGAAAAUGCAAGAUUGAGUAAGGAAAAUAAUGAAUUAUACCUGGAAUUAAUGAAACUGAGAGAACAAUCAGGCCAACACAUUAAAGAGUUGAAAACCACAUUGAAAAAGUGUGCACGUGAAACAUCUGAUCUGAAAUUUCUAAAUAAUCAAUAUGUUCAUAAACUCAAACUUUUGGAGAAAGAGAGCAAAGCUAAGAAUGAAAAAAUUCAACAACUUCAAGAAAAGAAUUUGCAAGCUGUAGUACAAACUCCAGGUGGCAAGAAAAGAAGUAUUGCUUUCAGGCGCCAGCGUAUGCAAAUUGACGAACCAGUCCCUCCCUCUGAAGUCAGUUCUUACCCAGUUCCUCAGCCAGAUGACCCGUACAUUGCAGACCUCCUGCAAGUGGCUGAUAACAGAAUUCAAGAACUUCAGCAAGAAGUCUACCAGUUACAAGAAAAGUUAGCAGUGAUGGAAAGUGGACUGAGAGAUUAUAACAAGCAGAUUGAACUAAGAGAACGAGAGAUAGAACGACUGUCGGUUGCAUUGGAUGGGGGUCGCUCCCCUGAUAUCCUUUCUCUGGAGACUAGAAAUAAAGCCAACGAAAAGCUUAUUGCUCAUUUAAAUAUUCAGGUUGACUUUCUUCAGCAAGCUAAUAAAGACCUGGAAAAGCAUAUACAAGAGCUUAUGGAAACCAAGGAAACAGUAACUACUGAAGUUGUUAAUUUAAGUAACAAAAAUGAAAAACUCUGCCAGGAAUUAACUGAAAUUGACCAGUUAGCACAGCAGUUGGAAAGACAUAAAGAAGAAGUGCUUGAGACUGCCGACAAAGAACUUGAGGAAGCAAAGAAAGAGAUUAAGCAAAAGCUAUCUGAAAUGCGGAAUCUUGAAGAAACAAUGGGAAAACUUCAACUGGAAUUAAACUUAUGUCAUAAAGAAAAGGAGAGACUGAGUGAUGAACUCCUUAUAAAAUCAGACCUGGAAACUGUUGUUCAUCAGCUUGAACAAGAAAAGCAAAGACUUAACAAAAAAAUUGAAAGUUUUGCAGUUACAGAAAAAGAACUUACUUUGGAAGUUGAGAGGAUGAGGCUAGAACAUGGAAUAAAACGACGAGACAAGUCACCUUCUCGUUUAGAUACAUUUCUGAAAGGUAUAGAAGAUGAACGAGAUUUUUAUAAGAAAGAGCUAGAAAGACUCCAACAUUUAAUACAGCGAAGAUCUUGCUCUCGAAGUCAUUCUACAUGUGAAAAAAUUCCAGUAUUUAAGACACUAGAAAAGGGUGAUUACAACUCAGAAAUUCAUCUGAUCACAAGAGAAAGAGAUGAACUUCAGCAUAUGCUAGAAAGAUUUGAAAAACAUAUGGAGGAUAUACAGUCCAAUGUUAAAUUAUUGACAGCAGAAAGAGAUAAACUAAGUGUCUUAUAUAAUGAAGCGCAGGAAGAAUUAUCUGCACUCAGACAAGAAUCUACCCAAACCACAGUCUCCCAUAAUACUGUUAGUCUUAUGGAAAAGGAAAAAGAACUUGCAUUAUCUGACUUAAGAAGGAUUAUGGCAGAAAAAGAAGCUUUAAAAGAAAAAUUAAAACAUCUCCAUGAAAUGAGUAUUUUUGAAAAAUCAGAAUUAGAGAAAACUGUUGAACAUUUGACAUGUGUUAAUCACCAGCUUGAAAAUGAAAAAUGUGAAUUAAAGUCUAAAAUGUUAAAAAUGAAAGAAACAAUAGAGGCUUUAGAGAAAAAAGUAAAACUCCAAACUCAAAAACUUAGCCAUGUGGCUGGUGACUCAUCUCAUCAGAAAACAGAGAUGAACUCACUUAGGCUAGUAAAUGAGCAGCUACAGCGGUCACUUGAGGACUCUCAGCACCAACUUUCCAUGAAAAGAAGUGAACUUGAAUCAGCACAAGCACAAGUUAAAAUACUGGAGGAAAAAAUAGGUAAACUACACUUCAAGAUGACUUCACAGAAUGAAGAGGCUCAUGUAAUGAAAAAGACCAUUGGUGUUAUUGAUAAAGAAAAAGACAUUCUUCAGGAGACUGUAGAUGAGAAGACAGAAAAGAUUGCAAACUUGCAUGAAAACCUAGCUAAUAAAGAAAAAGCUAUUUCUCAGAUGAAGAUAACAGUCUCAGAGUAUGAAUCUUCUAUGAACCACCUAAAGGAAACACUGAUUAAUCGGGACCGUGAGAUAAGCAGCCUCCGGCGCCAACUUGAUGCAGCUCACAAGGAACUUGAUGAAGUAGGAAGAUCUAAAGAAAUGUCUUUUAAGGAAAACCGAAGAUUACAGGAUGAUCUGGCUACAGUGGCAAGAGAAAACCAGCAAAUUUCAUUGGAAUUAGAAGCAGCAGUGCAAGAAAAAGAAGAAAUGAAGAGUAGAGUUCAUAAUUACAUAACUGAAGUGUCACGAUGGGAGAGCUUAAUGGCUGCUAAGGAAAGAGAAAAUCAAGAUUUGUUAGAUAGAUUUCAGAUGCUUCAUGACCGUGCUGAAGACUGGGAGGUCAAAGCCCAUCAAGCUGAGGGAGAAAGCAGCUCAGUUCGACUGGAACUUCUUUCUAUUGACACAGAGAGGAGACACCUUCGAGAAAGAGUGGAGCUACUAGAAAAAGAAAUUCAGGAGCACAUAAAUGCACAUCAUGCUUAUGAAUCUCAGAUCUCAUCGAUGGCAAAAGCCAUAUCUAGAUUAGAAGAAGAGCUGAGACACCAAGAAGAUGAGAAAGCAGCAGUAUUAAAUGAUGUGUCAUCUCUCAGAGAACUUUGCAUUAAGCUUGAUUCAGGCAAAGAUAUUAUGACCCAGCAAUUGAAUUCCAAAAACCUUGAAUUUGAGAGGGUUGCAGUGGAAUUAGAAAACGUAAAAUCAGAAUCAGAGCUGUUAAAAAAACAACUGUCAAGUGAGAGACAUACAAUUAAAAACCUUGAAUCAUUGUUGGCUACAAAUAGAGAUAAAGAAUUUCAUUCCCAUUUAACCUCCCACGAGAAGGAUACAGAAAUUCAGCUGCUUAAAGAGAAGUUAACCCUUUCAGAAAGCAAAGUAAAUAGUCAAAGCCGGGAAAACACCAUGCUUCGGGCCAAAAUGGCACAAUUACAAACAGAUCUUGAUGUUCUGAAAAGGCAGAUUUCAACUGAAAGAUAUGAACGAGAACGAGCAAUCCAAGAGAUGCGUCGGCAUGGUCUUCGCACACCACCCCUUAGUUCUACUCUGAAGUCUCCUUUACAUUCUCCUGAACAUAUAAACUGAUUAUCAGAAAGAAUGAUGGCUUUCAGUGAGUUGGCUAUAUGGAUUUUUUUAAAGGACAAACAGUAAUGAAAUAUUUGAAGCACUUGUUCCUGAAAAUUAUGAACAUUGACGCAAAUUCUACCUCUGUCAACUUUUAUUUAAAUCAGUGAACAUUUAUGUAAAAAUUUGGUUUAAAAGAGCUAUAUCCAUGUGUAUAUUUUCAUAUAUAUGACAGAACAGAAUAUGUAUGAAUAGUGCUAAUGUUAUAUCUGUAUUUUUAUUAUUCCUGACUUAAAUUACUUCUCAAAAUGUGUUUAUACUAUGAAUUAAUAUGAUGUAGUACUCACAUUAUCCUUUAAUAAUCUUUUUCUUAAUGAGCCAUGAUAAAUGUAUGUAAAUAUUCUAGUUUCCAUGCCUGUGUUUAUAACCCAUAUCUUUAAUACAUUCACAAGGGAUGAUCAACUUUGAUGCUAUGCUGUCAUGUUUAACUUUUUUCUUCUAAAUGUAAAAUUAAUUAUGCACCAAUAUGCCAUCUAUCAUUGAGGGGACUAUAUUCAGGUCUAUUCUUAUAAUAGCAAAGGUCUUGAUAAAAUAAUGGUUGCCCUAUAUAAUUUGAUAUUGCCAACUAGAAGAACUGUGAUAGAAAAGAUACAUUCAUAUAUUGUAUACAAUAUUAUACUAUUUUGGCUAUCACAUGGACUCUUCACAUACUAUAAAUGCUAUCAAAAUUAAACUAAAAGCUGUAUUUAGAAUUUUGUAAAACGACAGAACAGAAAUUUGGGAUAUUUUUCAGUAAAUAAAAUUUCUCACUGUACUAAUCUAAAAUUUUGAAUACAAAAAUAUCAAUAUAUGGGGUAAAUACAGUAAAACAUUUUGUUAAAAUUCCACUAUACAUUCAGUAAUAUCCAGUUUUUUGCUUCUAAACCUGUGUGGUGUAAUUUAUCAGUCUUCCAGAAUAGUAUGUAAACACUGACCUGUUGUGGCAUAUUAAAUAGAAAACAGCUUUUUACAAUGAAUUUUCAAAGUUGUAACUUUAAAGGAUUUAGAUAUAUACAGAUAUUAAUAAAAGAACAAAAGUACAAAAAAAAAAAGAACAAAAGUACAAAAUAGAUUGUCAUAAAAAAACUAAUUGUGUUUAAACCAUACACAUUUGAAGAAAAUCCUGUUCUUAAUAGAUUUCAUUAUGAUCGAAAAAGAAGAACUUAAAAACUAGCAUUGGAAAAUGGAAGACCAAUUAUUUAUGAUACAUUUUAUUUCCUCCUGUGGUUUAAUAAAGUGGAGGUUGUGUGUGAGUGUUUGUGUGUACCUGGGGGUGGGCAGUGCUCUUUUUCUAAAACUAAUAUUCCUUAUAUGUUCUCAUUAUGCCCUUUGCAGUAAUUAAGUGUGUAUUUGGUGUGAUGUGGCUUACUUUUUCACCAUCUAUGUAAUUUUAUGUAUUCUAUCUCCUGUGUGUGAAUUCGUGUAUUACAGCAAAAUACAAUAGAAAUGGGACUAUUUACAAUGUCAUAUGGAAAAUCUUUUAAUAAAUAUAUGUAAAUAAAAUUUAAAAAUUUGUCCCCACCUUUUCCCCAAAGCAACAGCAAGGCAUAUUUUGUUAGAUGUUUUAUUUUUAAUGUUUCUAUAAUUAAAAAAUGUAUAGUUUGCCAUAAUUGUUAUUUUCAUAACCAUGAUACAAUUUUUUAAAGUAGUUUUAUCUUGAAAUACUGAAUGUUCUGACCUUUUAUAGAUGUUUUUAAUUUGUUCUAAAUAAUUUUAAAUUA